UAUCCAUAUAGAUAUACGUAUAUACAUAUAUCAACCUAAAUGCUCUCUUGAACAAAUUAUGGCAUUGUCUCUUAUCAGGGGUAAGAGUCUGCAAUACGGAAAUUCGCAGUUACGUUUCUUAUCCUGCAUCUCGACCAUGAAGAAAGGAUUGGUGCUCGGUGUAUAUGAAACCGAAGAUGAAAAGAAGAUUUCGUUGACUCCAACAGCAGCUAAAUACAAUGAACUAGUUAAAGGAAAACUACAAAAAAAUCUUUUGUUGAGAGACUAGACUGAGAGACGAUAUUGUACGCAUGAUAUGAAGCAAAAAGCUUGCCGCGCAGAAGGAGUUACCACACGUAUUUUAUUAUAUAAAAAUCAGUUUAAAAGCAUAUUAUUCCGAAAGUAACAAUUUCCAAAAUUGUUGGUUCUUUAAACUGGUUAUUAGCAAAUCAAAAUUACUAUUAACGUGAAAGAGGCUUCGAACGACAUGAAAUUAAAUAUAGACAUAUUAACAUCAUUAAAUAUGUUUUAAGCGAUAUGAUAAAAUAUAGUACAACUUAAUUUCAGUUACGAAGAAUAAUGUCAGCUAUCGGUGAUAGUAACUUGGGAAACGAUAGCGCCGCUGGGAGUAGUAGGGGAGUUGGCGAAUGUAGUAGUCGAAUAAGUAAACAACACCAAUCAGCAAAUGUUCUCCAUAGGAUUAGUGGCUCACUCGAAGAUAAAAAUAAUGAUUAUCUCUGUCCUAUUUGUUUUGAGGUGAUCGAUGAAGCUCAUAUCACGCGUUGCGGUCAUACAUUUUGUUAUCGUUGCAUAGUUAAAUCCCUGGAAGCCAACGGGCGUUGUCCGAAAUGUAGCUACUCGUUGACACAACAAGAUAUAUUUCCAAACUUUUUGUUACACGAAUUAAUUUCAAAAUACAAAACUCGAAUUAAGGGUCUCGCUGAGUUAGGGUCUUCGUAUACAGCUGACGGUAGACACAGAUCUUUAGGGACAGAUAUAUCUCUGCCACCUUACGAUGGACUGAGAGAUAUCGUAGCUGCGGAGACUGCUAAUCUCACUUUACCAGAUGUAAAUGUAAUGUUAGAAGUAUUAACGCAAAGGAAGCACUUGCUUGAAGCGGAAACGUGUGCGGCACAAAACAAACUACUGCACGAAUUUUUAACCCAUUUACUGCAACAAAAGGAGGAACAGAAAAAGCAAUUGCAGAAGGAGAUAGCAUUAAUUAAAAAGGAUAUGGAAGAAGUCGAGAGUAUAUUGAGGGACGUCCAGAGCAAAUGUCCCAGGAUAGAAGAUUUGAAGAGAUCGAGCGAAAAUGAUACCGCGCAGGUGUCGGCUAUUAGAAGAGAGAUGAUAGGCCUUAUAGAUAUAAUAGAUUCAAACAUGGUAAAACCAAAUGAAAAAGCAUUCGUGUCCGCAAACGAUACAUUUACUACUAAUCCUCCAGUAAGUCAAAAACAAAGUGAUUAUACAGCAGGUUCAACAUUGGCCGUACGUAGAAAGAGAAUGCACGCUCAUUUCGAUGAUUUCGUACAAUGUUAUUUCGACUCUCGAGCGAAAGAGCUGCUCCUUGGGCACAAGCCUCAAGCUCCUAGCGAGACAUGGCACGGUACAAGCUCCGGGCUUGACGUUUUCAGAGAAAAUCUUGUGAAAUUCUCCAGAUACAAUUCUCUACGUCCAUUGGCGACAUUGAAUUACUCAUCAGAUAUUUUUAAUAACUCCACUAUCGUCUCGAGCAUAGAAUUUGACAAGGAUAACGAAUUUUUCGCGAUAGCUGGCGUCACGAAGCGUAUAAAGGUAUUCGACUAUAGUGCUGUUAUAAGGGACACGGUAGACAUUCACUAUCCCUGUGUAGAGAUGGUUUCCAGUUCGAAGAUAUCCUGCGUGUCUUGGAAUUCCUUUCAUAAAGGAAUGCUAGCAUCGUCAGACUACGAAGGUACAGUAACAGUGUGGGAUGCUGCGACUGGUCAAAGAACAAAGGCGUUUCAAGAACACGAGAAGAGAUGCUGGUCCGUGGACUUCAACGAUGUAGACACUAGGCUCAUAGCAUCUGGUUCGGACGAUGCUAGAGUUAAAUUAUGGUCUCUGAAUAACGAUCAUUCCGUUGCUUCUUUAGAAGCGAAAGCUAAUGUAUGCUGCGUAAAAUUUAAUCCUCGAAGCUCGUGUCACCUGGCAUUUGGAUCAGCAGAUCAUUGCGUCCACUAUUACGAUUUACGUAACAUGAAAGAGGCGUUGUGCAUAUUUAAGGGGCACCGUAAAGCUGUUUCGUACGUUAAGUUUAUUAACAAGGAGGAGAUAGUAUCAGCGAGCACCGAUUCGCAGUUAAAAAUGUGGAAUAUCAACAAUCCACAUUGUUUGCGUUCGUUUGUUGGACACGUAAACGAGAAAAAUUUCGUUGGUCUAGCCACUGAUGGCGAUUACGUGGCAUGUGGAUCAGAGAACAAUGCACUGUAUGUGUAUUACAAAGGACUCACAAAACAAUUAUUCUCCUAUAAGUUUGACGCUGUUCGAAGUAUAUUAGAGAUACAAGAACGAAGAGAAGAAGAUCUGAAUGAAUUUGUGUCUGCAGUUUGUUGGAAGCAAAUGUCGAAUGUCGUGGUAGCUGCGAAUUCUCAAGGGAUUAUUAAAAUAUUAGAACUGGUUUGAAUAUGAUCGCUGUUUAAUAUGAUGUUUAGCGCGUACCUAUGUGUGUUUUGAAAUUUAUUUUAUUUGGUGCUUGGACACGAACAAUGACGAGGGAAGCAAAGAUUUAUUCUAAAUGUUAUAGCGAUCUGUUGCAAGGGGAAUUAAAAGAUUUAAAAUUUUAAGAAUUAACAGGUUUGUUACACGAAAUUAUUUAUUAAAAUAAUUAAAUAAAUUAAAAGGAAUUAAAAGGUUUGUUACACGGAGAUCUAAAUUAUUAGAGACUAACUUAUUCAAGGAAGUUAGAGUAAUACUCUGGGUGUUGAGCAGCACAAAUAUUUUCUUCUAAUUAUAUUUUUUACUAAAAAUAUUGGUACUGUUACUUAUUGUGUUUUUGGGUUAAUUAUUUUCUAUUUUAGUUGUAAUUUAAUAGACUGAAUCUUAAUGAUAAAUAUUUUAUGUUAACAUUAGGAACACAUGCCUUGUGUCUGAUCAUUUAUAAUAUUGGAAUGUGGCCUUUUAUAAUUUCAUGUUAAUUUAGUAGUAAUAUUUAAUGCAUUAAUGCAUUACAAAAUGAAAGUUACUUGCACAGUAAUUAGCACAAUUCAUAUGUAAUAAAAUGUUCUAAUCAUAUAAAUUUGAUUUUAUUUUUAUCCGAUUUUGGUCAUAAUUUUCAUUAUCUAUUAAAUAAUAUCCGUUUACAAUUACGCGAUAUAAAUUAUUUACUAAUUUUUAAAAUAGAGUAACUUGUUUUAGUGUAUCAUAUAUGAUAUGUAAAUUACAAAUGGAACAGAAAAGUUUAUUGUUAUAAAUAAUCUAAAAUAUAAAAAGUAUUUUUGUGGAUAAAAAAAAAUAAAAGAACACUUUA